GUGAGGUAGUUUUUUGAAGCUCCGCCAAGGGAAUUGAACGCAAAUCGCUCGAAAAGCGUGCACGCAUGCGCAAAGCGAAAGAAAGAGAAAUAAAAGAAAGAAAGAAAGUGUGCACAAAAAUAAAAACAAACAAAUCGCGCUAAGGAAUUCGAGAAGUGUUAUUUCGUUUAUACAACCACGUCCCAUCUAAAAUUGGUCAAGCGAUCAGCGACCUAUAUUUAUAUAUAUACACCUUAUAUAUAAGGCCCAUAUAGCAGACACCACCCCAUUCGAUCCCGACCCAGAAAAUGAGCUCGGCGAUCGUUGGAGCCGCCUCGGCCAUCGGAGGAGCUGUGACGGCGGCCACCAGCAAUAGCUGGUUCAUCCCGAUGCUGAUGGCCGCGGUGGCCUACUUCCAGUACGAGGAGAUCAUCGAUCCGGAGUCCAAGCCAAGUGAUGUGGGCGGCGACGACAUCCUCGACCACUACGACUUCAUAGUCAUAGGAGCCGGAUCGGCGGGGGCGGUGGUGGCCAACAGACUGACGGAGGUGGAGAACUGGAACGUACUCCUCCUGGAGGCCGGCGGCGAUGAAACGGAACUCACGGACGUACCCCUGAUGGCGGGCUAUCUGCAGCUCUCCAAGAUCGACUGGCAGUACAAGACGGAACCGUCGGGCACUUCGUGUUUGGCCAUGCAAGGAGGUCGUUGCAACUGGCCCAGGGGCAAAGUGCUCGGCGGAUCUUCAGUCCUCAAUUACAUGCUGUACCUUCGAGGAUCCAAGCACGACUACGAUAAUUGGGAGGCCAUGGGCAACCCCAGCUGGUCCUAUCGCGAUGCCUUGUACUAUUUCAAGAAAUCGGAGGAUAAUACCAAUCAGUAUCUGGCCAAUACACCUUAUCAUGCCACCGGCGGAUAUCUGACGGUGGGAGAGGCACCAUAUCAUACUCCUUUGGCGGCCAGUUUCGUGGAGGCGGGCGUGGAGAUGGGCUACGAAAAUCGGGAUCUGAAUGGAGAGAAGAUGACGGGCUUCAUGAUUGCCCAGGGAACCACACGGCGUGGCUCGCGGUGCUCGACCUCGAAGGCCUUCUUAAGACCCGCCAGAUUGCGUAACAAUCUGCAUAUCUCCAUGAACUCGCACGUCACUCGCAUCAUGAUCGAUCCGGUGACGAAACUGGCAUUUGGAGUGGAGUUCGUCAAGGAUCAAAAACUCUACCAUGUGCGGGCCACCAAGGAGGUGGUUCUAUCCGGUGGAUCUGUCAAUAGUCCCCAAUUGCUGAUGCUGAGUGGAGUGGGACCGCGAAAGGAGUUGGCCAAACACAGGAUACCGCUCAUUAAGGAACUAAGUGUGGGCGAAAACCUGCAGGAUCACAUUGGACUGGGGGGCCUGACCUUUCUGGUGAACCAACCCGUGUCCAUAGUGGAGAAUCGCUUUCACACCAUGUCAACUGUUCUGCAGUACGCUGUCUUUGGCCAAGGACCUCUGACCAUCCUGGGCGGAGUGGAGGGAUUGGCCUAUGUGAACACCAAGUAUGCGAACAGCUCCUUAGAUUGGCCGGAUAUUGAGUUCCAUUUCGUCUCGGGAUCAACGAACUCCGAUGGGGGCUCACAACUGCGGAAGGCUCAUGGACUAACGGAGGCCUUCUACCGCGCCGUCUUCGAACCCAUUAACAAUCGAGAUGCCUGGAGCAUAAUACCCAUGUUGCUAAGACCUCGCAGCGUGGGAAAUAUUCGCCUGAGGAGUGGUAAUCCCUUCGAUUACCCAUACAUUUUUCCCAACUAUCUAACGGAUGACUUCGACCUGAAGACUUUGAUAGAGGGAGUGAAGAUAGCGGUGGCCUUAUCUCGAACGAAAGCUAUGCAGCGAUUCGGGUCCAGAAUCUCGAGCAUCCGGUGGCCAGGAUGCGAACAAGUUCCCCUCUUCACGGAUACCUUCUGGGAGUGCAUGGUCAGGAGGUAUACGUCCACCAUCUACCAUCCCGUGGGCACCUGCAAGAUGGGCCCCUACUGGGACAAGGACGCGGUGGUGGACGCCAAACUGAGGGUCUACGGGAUCCGAGGACUGCGCGUCAUCGAUGCCAGUAUUAUGCCCAAGUUGGUGUCCGCCAACACGAAUGCCCCGGUGAUCAUGAUCGCCGAGAAGGGCAGCGACAUGAUCAAGGAGUUCUGGAUCAAGAACACCAUCGUCUGAGCGAUUCUUUCUGCGUAGAGUGAUAAAGACUUUGUUUUUACGAGCGAUUUCUUAUCUGAUUGAAGAACCGAACUUGGAGCUUGACUUUGCUCGGAUUAAGUAGAGCACGUUUAUUUGAGCUGUCCUACUUUAUAUCUUGCAACAAAGUUUCUCAGAAACGUCUAGAGUAUUCAAAACCAUAGUUUAUGUUCCUAAAAACUUAAGCUUUAAAAUCUCUUUAGAGUUCUGUGAACUUAGUUCUAGGUAUAGAGUUCUACAAUUGAGAAAUCAGUUCGUAAAAACAUGGCUUUAUCCAUGGAGUGUCUGAGAAUAUGUCUGUCUAUCGUGAAUGUUUAAAUGUCUGGACUGAGUGUGAAUGUUUGUGAGUGUUUAGUUAGUUAUCCUCGAGUUGUGUAAAUGUCUUAGGAAUAGAGCUGCACGACAAGCAGUUUGACCCAUCCAAAAUUAAUUAUAUUGGACUCUUAACGUCCCACUUUUUUUUUGAAGUAUCUUAUAAGCACCCCCCUUGUAUUUAUUUUAAUUUUAUGUGAACGCAAU